UCAGCGGAGUAGUUCUGGAGGGUAUGUCUGCAUUCGCCCGAGGAGCGUGCUUCCUGCAGUCCAUCCAACCUCCAGCCAUUCCGGCUUCUGAAAAGACGUAGAAAUAGACGAGACUGCAUGGCUGCUGCCAAUGGGAAGACAGUCUCCAGACCCCAGAGCCCCGGCCAGGGGCCAAAGGGGAACGAGGCCUGCAUGGAUCCCCCAGACAACCUGGAGCAGAAGGAGACCCUGGAGCAGAUGCCAGGCCAGCUGGCCAUGCUGAGGAAGGCCCAGGAAUUCUUCCAGACAUGCGAUGCUGAGGGCAAGGGCUUCAUCGCCAGGAGGGAUAUGCAGAGGCUCCAUCAGGAGUUGCCACUUAGCCUGGAGGACCUGGAGGAUGUAUUUGACGCCCUGGAUGCUGAUGGCAAUGGCUUUCUGACCCCAGAGGAGUUCACGACCGGAUUUAGUCACUUCUUCUUCAGCCAGAAUAACCCAAGCCAGGAGGACGCAAGCGAGCAGCUGGCUCAGUCCCCCAAAGAGCAGGUGUAUCAGUCCAGAGGAGCAGAGGACCAGGGAGAGAUGGACGAGGAAGCCCAGUUCCGGAUGCUGAUGGACAAACUGGGAGCCCAACAGGUUCUGGAAGACGAGAGCGACGUGAAGCAGCUCUGGCUGCAGCUGAAAAAGGAAGAGCCCCACUUGCUGUCCAGCUUCGAGGAUUUCCUGAGCAGCAUCUUCUCCCAGCUCCAAGAAGCCCAUGAAGAGAAGAACGAACUGGAGUGCAUCCUCCAAAAGAAGAUUGCCGCCUAUGACGAAGAAAUCCAGCACCUGUAUGAGGAGAUGGAGCAACAGAUCCGGAGCGAGAAGGAGCAGUUUCUGCUGAAGGACACGGAGAGGUUUCAGGCCCGCAGUCAAGAGCUGGAGCAGAAGCUGUUCUGUAAGGAGCAGGAGCUGGAGCAACUCAUCCAGAAACAGAAACGGCUAGAAGGCCAGUGUGCAGCUCUGCACAAUGACAAGCACGAGACCACGGCUGAGAACACCAAGCUGAAACUCAGCAACCAGGAGCUGGCCCGGGAGCUGGAGCGGACCUCGCAGGAGUUGGCGGACGCGCAGCAGCAGCUGGAGAGCCUCCAGCGGGAGGCCUGGCAGCUCCAGCAGGAGAAGGAGAUGGAAGUGUACCGCGUGACCGAGAGUCUGCAGCGGGAGAAGUCCGGGCUCCUGAAGCAGCUGGAUUUCCUAAGGGAAAGAAAUAAGCACCUGCGAGAUGAACGGGACAUACGUUUCCAGAAAGAUAAGGCAGCCAAGGCAAACACAGCUGCUUCCAAGGCAAGCUGGAAACAGAGAUCCGGCUCUGUGAUAGGCAAAUACAUGGACUGCAAAGGCGCUCUCCGAAGCAGCCAGUCAGAGGAGGAGGACGACGUGUUUGGCAUCCCCAGGAGAAGAAGCUCUCUGGGGCUGAGCGUGUAUCCCCUUACGGAAGAGGAGCCUGGACUGGGGGAGCUGGGGACUGGGCGUGCCCGGCGGCUCCGCAGAAUCAUCUCCAUUGAAGAAGACCCCGUGCCGCAGCUCCUGCAGGCGGGCUUUGAGCAGCCCCUAUGCCAGUGCCCAGAAGAAGAGGAAGGCUCUCACCAGGGAGUGGACGGCGGGACCCAGCAGGCCUCCCCCUUGGAGGUCACCCCCAUGUCUCCCCGAGGGCAGCCUGUGGGGAAAGAAGCCCUCUUCAAGGAGGAGCGCCGCCCAUCCACGCCAGACCGGCUCUUCAAGAUUGUGUUCGUGGGCAACUCCGCCGUGGGCAAGACGUCUUUCCUGAGGAGGUUCUGUGAGGACUGCUUCUCCCCAGGCAUGGUGGCCACCGUAGGCAUCGAUUACCGCGUGAAGACCGUGACUGUGGACAAUGCGCAGGUGGCCCUGCAGCUGUGGGACACGGCUGGGCAGGAGAGGUACCGCUGCAUCACCCAGCAGUUCUUCAGAAAAGCCGACGGGGUCAUCAUCAUGUACGACCUCACGGCCAAGCAGUCCUUCCUGUCGGUGCGACAGUGGCUGAGCAACGUGGAGGACGCCGUGGGAGACCGCGUGCCUGUGCUGCUGCUAGGCAAUAAACUUGACAAUGAGAAGGAGCGGGAAGUCCCCCGAGGCCUUGGAGAACAGCUUGCCAAGGAGAACAAUCUCAUCUUCUAUGAAUGCAGUGCCUAUUCCGGUCACAACGCCAAGGAGUCCUUGCUGCACCUAGCCAGGGUCCUCAAGGAGCAGGAAGACACAGCGAGGGAGGACACGAUCCAGGUUGGCCGCCCAGCCAAGAAGAAGUCCUGCUGUGGCUGAGAGGAGGCCCCCGCCCGAGGACAGCUCCCACCCCGAUCCUGCCAGGCUGCCACCUACCGAGGCCCAUCUGACCUCUGUGCUUGUCAGCCACUUGCCCUUAUGCAAGCACAGGGAGCCACCCCCCCGGGAGAGCUGCUCUUGGAGCAUCGUGGCGUCUUCUCUCCCUUCUCUCUCUAGACCCGAUGCCCAAGCCAUGUAUUUAUUUAUUUUUUCCCACCAGCUUGGUUUCCUGGGAGAGAGAAACAGAUGGGCUUUUCCAGAAAAGCCACCACGUGCCUUCUCCACCUCCCUUUCCCUCCCCCUUGCCCUCGGGAGCCCCAGCCCUGCAGUUGCCAUGGAAACUGUUCAGGGAAGACUUGCUGCUUCCUGCAGGCCAAAGAUAGCCCUGUUGGGCGAUGCCCAGAGGCCGGAGGGAGCCACUGGUGCAUGCUUCACGGGCGUCGACAUACCUCAGUUGUUGAGAGAAGCAAACAGGGCACCCAAUUCUUUCUGCUCCUGCUUCCACCCCGGGGUCUCUGCUCCUUCCCUAAUCCCAAGCUUCAGCACCCAGCUCUCUCUGAGACCACCACACGUGCCAUGAUUACCCCCUUGGUGUCUGUGUCCCGGUGCUUUACAAAGAACCUACAGCCUCCUCCCCACCCCCCACCCCCACACAACCCUGACCCAGGACGGACUAGGGGUGACAAAUUCACCCCUGGGUUCAAGCACUAGGCUUGUUGCCUACUUAACUCUGCAAAAGAAGCCAUGCACUGCCCAACGGAGCCUCCCAUCCUGGAAGACAGCAACCAGGCCCACAUAGCCGUGGAAAAGCCAUUGUGUGACUGCUUCUCAAAAUAGCACUUUGAAAAAUCAUGCACGGUGAUUAACAGGGUAGACUGACACCCAGGCAGGAGGCCCAACACCAGGUCCCUAGUUACCAACCUCAUUUGAUUUUAUUCUACUUUAUUCCGGAAGGCUGUUUAAAAAAAAAAAUGAAAACAACGUGACUGUGAUGAUCUUGUGCUGGUGCUGAGGCCCCCGUGGGCUCCUUCAGCUGGGUGCUGGUGGGCUCGCAGCCCCUGGUGGCUGGCUGGCUGUCAGGCAUGGCUGGCUGGCUGUCAGGGGUGCUGGCCUCGGGUUGGGGGUUACAGAUUGUGUUGAAGAGAUAUUUCCUUGUGUACCAUUUGAAGUCUCAUAUUUACUAUAUAUUUCUAACUUUUUCCCUUGGUAGCUGCUCUGUGGAUUACCAUUAAUCUCUCAAUUUGUAACCAUCCAGAUUGGUAAUAAUUUAUUUUCAAUGUAUACAAUAAUGCUGCUCCUAGAAGUUUCUUCCUUACUUCCAUUGUCAUCACAAAUUACAUAUUCAUACAUUUUGUGCAUCAGUAUAGAAUUUUAAUUACUGCUUUUUGCAGUUGUCCU